CUAAAAACUAAUAAAUAUUUUACAAUAGGCAAAAUUAGCCCACAACAAAACAUGAUGUGCCGCAAAUAAUAGGUAAAUUUUACAUCGCCGGUGAAGCCAGGGUAAUAUAGAGGAUCAAAGGGAAAGGGGGGGGUUUCCUCGGAACCUUUUGUGUUUGGCGUAUUGAUUGUCACCGGUCUCUAAUCAUGUCAAUUAAUUUGCCAAAGCUUCCCAUUGAGAAACCAAUCAAACAUCAAUUUUUUCAUUACGAGGCGUUACGAUUGGCUGAUCGCGUUUUUUUCCUAAUUGAUACUUUGGUGUUAAAUAGGGCGUAUCUGACGUCACCUUGACCCACGUGAUUGGUUAAAGACGGCACUGCACACCGCCGCAAUAUGAUGCAGAGCAAAUUUUCUCCCGCUCACUUAUUCUGGAUUUUGAGCUUGUGAUCAUGAAGAUGGCGACAGGCCUUGAGUUCUGCGAGGAUGAAGGAGAUUUACUCGGCGAUGACGCUAACGAAGAGCGGGACCCUAACUUUGUGGAGGAAAGAUUUCGCGUGGACCGUCGUAAACUGGAGCAAAUGCUCCAAGGUCAGUAGCACACGAGACGCGAUCGGUCCAUCGAACGACUUUAUUUACUCUCCAUCUAUAUUUUGCUUAGCUAAUCAUUUGAACUUUAUAUGCUAAAGCGAUAUUUAUGAAUUUCAGCUGCUGUGGAGGGAUGUGGCCAGACUGGCGAGGAGUUUUUCCAGAAGGUUAGAGGAGGUCAAAUUAUCUUUUAAUUCUCGACAUAAUUGCAGCUGAGUUGUAAAUUGUCUUGCGAUGGUAUGCCUCUCGUAGAUCAUGGAAGAAACGGCAACCACCAUAACAUGGCCAUCAAAACUCAAGAUCGGUGCCAAAUCUAAGAAAGGUAAGUCAGUGAACAGUUCUAUAUGACUUGGUUUAGUUUGUCUUUUCAGUGGGCCUGAAGACACUGCACCGGAGUAGUUGCGCUUGGUUGACAGAGUAGUGUGUUUUAGCACGGGUCAGAUACUCAAUUUAUUGUAAACUGAAGUGGAAACUGGGGUUGUUUUGAUCCAUUCGACUGGUUCGCCUGCUGUUUCUCAGGGAACAUAAUAAACUAUUAGCUUCAAAUUGGCUAGUUAAAGUAUCUAUAAAAUUUUCACGGCUAAAAAAAUUUAUUUAAGCAACCUCUCUGACAGUUCCUUGUUCCGCAAAGAGCCUUAUUCCGUUGAUAAUGAUACUAGCAACCGCUUUUGUUUUUCGACAAUAAUUUUCUUUUGUAAUACAUUUUCUUUGUCUUGAGCUUUUAUCAAUUUACGUACAAGAAAAGACAAUUACUGCAGCUAUUUGUGCCUAAUAAUAACAUCUUCAGGCGUUGUGAGAAUUUGACGAUGCGAGACGAAAAUCUUCUUCUCCUCUCGACUGCGUUUUGACCCGCGUACACUUACAUUUCCGGAAAGUUUAGGGUUAAAACUACACGUAUUCAUAUAACGUGCGUUUUGGGCAAUGUACAUAUUAUUUUAAAGAUACAAACUAUAACUCAAGAAAGAAAUAUAGGAAGGCUUUUUGUAUCGCAAGAGUCUGUUUUGGAUUUCGUUUUCCCUAGAUACAAGUAUAAAGCGAAUUGAACCGCUGCUUUAAGAUUUGGUCAUGUUCCAGCAUUGUUUUAAUUUGAACCCUAGUCUGUUAUUGUACUCCAACGUGCAUGUGGAGAAGAUAAAGACUGGCUGAUGAUUUAGUCGAAAUGUGUUCCUACCAAUAUCUUUGUUCGUCAAAGCGUAUAGUAUUUACUCUCCAAGACCGGUCAUGACACGCUCUGCGAAAUUUAUUUUGAAAUCGACGAGUGUUUCGAUUUUGUUUUGGAACUGCAAGUCACCAGCGUGUUUAUCUUUGAAUAAUACAUGUUUACUUUAUUCAGCAGGAAUUAGCCAUUGCAGACUGAAAAAAUUUUUAUUCACUCAGAGUAAUUAGCUCGUGCAUGGUGAGAGUGAAUAAUCCUUGCAAUAUCUUUUAAGUCGAGUCAAUCAAGCAUGUUUGUUUCAACUGUGAAUGAGAGAAGACGACACGCUUGCCAGAGCGAGUCACGCACACUUGUGACCUUGUGCUUUUCGCAUGAACAAGCUUAACUGCUUACAUUUUCCAGCAGAGACGUAAUAAACAUUUAUUUCCCUAAAGUGCCUGCAAACUUUUGCUAAAAAUCGACAACAGUUCUUUUUUAUUUCAUCUUUCGUUUUAAUGCAGUAAUAAUUUUACUUCAGAUGAAAAUUUUCCGAAAAGCAUGAACGUGGUCUGUCAGUAGAGCCGAAUCGAUCUGCGGAUUGUUUGAUAACGUCCUUUAUGUCAUUUUUAAACCUUUCGGUGAUAAACAACAAUUAUUUUAGUUUAUUUGUAUAAUUCAGCCAUAAAUCUAAGCGUACAGCAGCAUUAGGGACCGAGGUACAAUACUUGUACAUCGGAACGUGUCGGUAAUGUUUAAUUACAUCAUUUUAGGCCUUCUAAAAUGUAAAGUAGGCCAAUUUUUCCAGUUAGGUUCGCAAAACGGAUUUCUUCAAACAAAAGGUGUUUAGAUGAUUAACAAGAUUUCAUAGCAUUACCGACUCUUGUGGCUGAUUUUACAUUGUUGCAUCAUAAUCAUGUGUUGAUUGGGAGUCAGGGUCAUUACAUGUACCAAGGAAAUGUCUUUUUGCUUAUCAAAAUAAUUUUUUCUAACCACAUCCCCUGAUAGAAGUUUCUACUGCAUGUAUAAUAUCAGACAAGUACUCAGGAAAUAUCAGACAAUAUGAUCUGCAGGCAAACAAUAAUGACAUAUUUGAUUACCCUUAAGUCGUCACAUUCCUUUUGGCAUUUUUCUGGUUCGAUGUGUAUUUUUUUGAUAAUUGAUUCUCUCUACGAAAAUUAGAAAUUUUAGUGUCAAAAGCACUCCGCAUGAUCAAGGUCGUUGCUUGCUUUCAGUCUUAUAAACGUGGCAUGCUGCUAUGGAGGGAGGAAAGGAGUUGUUUGUUUGCGGUUGGUAGUUAAGUACAGAUGGACAUGUAACCAUGACCUCCAUUAUAUAUGAUGGAUCAUAAAAUAAAAUAAGUGCUAAAUAUAUUUUAGCACAUACAAGAAACGUGACAUGAAACAGCUAUCUUUUCAUCUGAUCCAUUUUCCUAUUUCAUUAUUUGCAAAAGGUAAGGUAUCAUAGCACGCCCCUCCCACUCCCCCUCCCCCUACAGGAUCCUCUGUUGUUUCUAAGGAGUUCUAUCAUGUUGUCUUUCGUCCUUGUGGCAAUGCUAACUGACAGAUUUUAUUGCAACCAUAUGAACAUCGUCCUUGACCUUGAUGUUUGUGAAGUAUAAACAGUGUGCUAAUUUAUCCUUUAAACUCUUAACCUGCCAUCAGGCAGUCCUUCGUACUUCACUUUUUUUUGGGAGACAAGGGGAAAAAAGUGCCUGAUCACAGGUUAUUAAACUUAAGGACAGUUUUGAAGUUUUGCACACAUUCAGUAUAACUGAGUUUCCAUGUCUUUGCUAGAAAGUAUGAGUGCUAAGCUCAUAAUACUUUACUCAUUAAUGUAGUCAUUUAAUAGGUUCAAUUACAAUUUCACUGUCUGCUAUCUGUCCCAAACCUAAAUUUGUAAUUGGAUUAAACUGUACAUG